AUGUCUCUCCUUCUGAAACGUGGCUUCAAAUAUUUCCGUUCGAUUAGCUUGUGUAAUCAAUUUCUAGAGUGUACACCGCACUAUAGAGUAUUGCAGUCUCCAGUUCUGCCGACGCAAAGGAUCCCAGCUGGCUGUCCUCGAGCACGCAUAAUCAGACAGGCUCUUGAAGAAAUGAAGGAAGCUUGA